UUGGGCUGGGAUUAGCAAAAGCGAAUGAGUUUCAAUUUUACUGGAUUACAGAACAAAGAAAGGGGAAAGGAUAGACUGCUGCUGUUUCAAAAAAAGAAACUGAAAUAUACAAAUAAACAAACUGGCCUGUGACCGAGUGUGUUGUUGUGAUGCCUCAGAUUACGGUGUUUGAGCGGACGGCGGCGGUACAUUGUAGAUGGGAAUAGUGAGCGUUUCUGAUGGAUUAAAACGGGGAAUAAACCUAUUCCGGGAUUGACAGUAGCGACGGAGAUAUUGAAUCGUUAAUUGAGCGGCAUGGCUCAGAUACGAAAGUCUGCAUGUGAAGGUGUAAGGACAAACUUCCGGGCGGACCAUGCUGGCCCGCUGGUCUCCACCAGACAGGAGAUCCUCACCAGUCUGGUGUCCGCCCUGGACUCUGUGUGCCUGGCCAUGUCCAAGCUGAACGCAGAAGUGGCGUGUGUCACCGUGCACGAGGACAGUGUGAUCGCCGUGGGCACGGAAAAGGGCAGGGUGUUCCUCAACUCUCGACGGGAAAUCCAGACAGACUUCUUCAAGUUUUGCCGCGUGCCAUGUUUGCAAAGUGCCACGCACACGCCAGCCAACACACACAUCAAAGUCCAGGAGGGUGAUGUGAGCAAGAGUCUGGAGGGCGAGACCCUGAAGCAGAGGCCCAGCCACACGUCUCUCUCGGAACCCCAGUCCAACAUCUUUGUCCUGAUCAAGAUGGUGGAGGAAGUUUUCACCGUGCUUUACAGCGAGGCCGUUGGACAAAGCAGCCUGGUCCCGGUGCCUUACGAGUGGAUCCAGAAAGAGCCCGGCUGCGUGGUGGCCCACGGGCUGCCGGAGGGGGUCUGCCUGAAGAAGCCCUCGGAGUACGACACCAAGACCCUCAUGAAGAUCCUGGAGCAGAGCCACCGCAUCCACUUCUCCGUCAAGCGACCGUCGGCGGACUCGCCGCGGGAGUCCAGGCCCGCCGCAGACCUCAACCACAGCCCCUCCCCGGCCAAGCUGUCGCCGGGCGCCCAUGGCAACGCUGCCAAACCCCAGCCGCCCCAGGGACCCUCCACGUCCUCCAGCCCCCCCUCUUCCUCUUCCUCCUCCAUCACUGCCAGCAACUCGGUGCUUUCCAGCUUCCUGUACGGCAUGCCCAUGUCCUCCAAGCCCCACCCCCUGGACAGCAACCUGGACAUCAAGCCCGUCUGUCUCCUCAACCUGGGCAAGGAACGGGCCGGCGCCAUGGCGACCGGGGGUGACAUAGGCGCAUCGGCCAGGGACGGUUAUUGCCAGGAAGAGAUGAUCGGAGUGCCCAAUGACCUAGGACAGAGCCCACCCGGUGUCCACAUCUCCAAGAGACUGCUGUUCUCCAUAGUGCAUGAGAAAUCAGAAAAGUGGGACUCGUUCAUACGGGAAACGGAGGACAUCAACACACUGAGGGAAUGCGUCCAGAUCUUGUUCAACAGCAGAUAUGCGGAGGCCCUGGGUCUGGACCACAUGGUGCCCGUGCCGUACCGAAAGAUUGCGUGCGACCCCGGGGCGGUGGAGAUCUUCGGCAUCCCGGACCAAAUCCCCUUCAAGAGACCGUGCACGUACGGCGUUCCCAAGCUGAAGCGCAUCCUGGACGAACGGCACGCCAUCCGCUUCGUGGUCAAACGAAUGUUUGAUGAAAGGAUUUUCACAGCUGCCGGCAAGAUGGCCAAGGAGGACGGGCGCCACGACCUGAGCUCCAUGUGCUCCUCGCUCGAGGACGGCUUCCCGGACAGCUUGUGUCUCCCGCACAUCCCCGCCGUCGCGUCCUCCUCCUCCUCCCUGGAGCUCAUCAGCAACCCUCAUGGCAGCAGCAGAUCAACCAGUGCCUGUGGCAGUCCCUUUGUCGAUUGUGAGGCCGGUCCUUCGGGAGAGUGCCUUCCCUUGAAGAGGAUCAAAACUGAGCCCUCUGAAGAGGACAUCAUUCAGGUGACGGUGGCAGAUGCCGGUGCCGGCGGCAGCAGCGGCGGUGGUUGUGGGGAGGAGCCCAGCGAGGUGCCCCCCGAGCCCCAGGCGGAGACCCCGGUCGCAGCCGUGUGCCCGGCCACCACUUCCCCCUCCUCUGCGCCCUUCCACCCUCACCCCCACCCUCUCUUCCAUCACCAACUCCCAGAGAACCACGCAGCUGAAGAUAUGUCACCCAAAGCAGGCCCCUACGGCACCGGAAGGCUCUCUGAAGGGAAUAUUGUGGAGGACAUUGGUGAAAUGAUUCUCCAGCUCCGGAAACAAGUUGAGAGCCUUUUCAGCAUCAAGUACGCUGAGGCGCUGGGCCUGCCCGAGCCGGCCAAGGUGCCCUACUCCAAGUUCCAGAUGUACCCGCAGGACCUGUACGUCACCGGCAUGCCAGAGGGCGUCACCUUCCGGAGGCCCAACUGCUUCGGGGCGGCCAAGCUGCGCAAGGUCCUGGCCGUCGGCAGUCAGAUCCAGUUCAUCAUCCGGAGGCCUGAACUGCUGACAGAGCUCGUUAAACAGGAGAUGCCCCCCAUUCCUCUCUGUGAUGCAGACUUGGAUAACAAGGAUGCCUUAACCACAUCGGAUGAUAUGAUCCCUUUAUCUAAGAGACCUGGCUACACAGAGUGCAUGGAGGGCAAGCUCUCCCGGGCCGACCUGGCCAACACGCUGCGGGAGCAGGUGCAGGACAUGUUCAACCGGAAGUACGGCGAGGCGCUGGGCAUCAAGUACCCGGUGCAAGUGCCUUACAAGCGGAUCAAGAGCAACCCGGGCUCGGUGCUCAUCGAGGGCCUCCCGCCGGGCAUCCCCUUCCGCAAGCCCUGCACCUUCGGCUCGCAAAACCUGGAGCGGAUCCUGGCCGUGGCCGACAAGAUCUGCUUCACCAUCACCAGACCUUUCCAAGGACUCAUUCCAAAACCUGCACCAAGGCGUGUCACCUUACUCAAGAAGGCCUUCGGCUCCAUAAGCGACGACGAAGACAUCAACCGCAUGGGGGAGAAAGUGAUGCUUCGAGAGCAGGUCAAGGAGCUGUUCAACAGGAAAUACGGUGAGGCUUUGGGUCUGGACCAGCCCGUGGUGGUGCCGUACAAGCUGAUCCGAGCCAGCCCGGAGUCGGUGGAGGUCAGCGGCCUGCCCGAGGGCGUCCCCUUCAGGAACCCCAACAACUACGACCUGCUCUGCCUCGAGAAGAUCCUCCAAGCCUCCGACCAAGUCAGUGUUGACAUCAAGAGCCAGCUACAGCCUUUUGCAGAAAUAUGUACCGAAGCUUGCAACACAGAGGGGACAGAGGUCUCCAUUAAUCGACGCAAACGCAAGCGGGUCCAGGAGUGCAACAGACUCCCUGAAUCAUCCAACACGGGAGUAUCGCCUAAUCAGAUUCCAGUAAUGCAAUGGCCCAUGUACAUGGUAGACUACAGCGGAGUGAAUGUGCAGGUUCCAGGGAAAGUCAAGUACUGACGGAGUUAAGCUUUCCGUGACGUCCAAGGGACGGAGAUGAAGAAACGACCCUGGUAUUUAUUGCUAUUCCACAGGGAACAUUUACACUUUGCCUGAGUGCCGCUGCUGAAAAGUUCUCUACCAAAAAAGAAAAACCCACAAAAAAAAACUACCCCCCCCCCCCCACCCACCUAGUAGGAAUGAAGAACUAUGGAAUGUAUUUUGAAUCAGUCAACAGCAAGCCGGCUCACUGGAUGGCUUCAGUACUGCCGAAAAGCUAGCUAGCAAAGAGACGGCUAUCAAAUGUUUUCUACCUGAGACAAGAGGGAGAAGAAAAAGAGGAUUGAUGCGACCGUGUCAUUGGUUUUGAAAAAGCUCCAUGUAAUUUCUUACUAACAAUGCAUUUCCCCUUUGCAUUUAACUGAGUGUCCAUCCGCGUGGGUGACGUCGUGGAUCCCGUGUGGAUCCGUCUUUUGCUUUGCAACACUUUACUGACAAAAAAAAGGCAAGUCUUUGAUAACAAUCUGGUUCCACUGAUUAUGAUAUUUGUAUUUUUUAUUUAUUAUAUUUAUUAUGGAAAAAAAAUUAUGUGCAGGGAUGUAAAAUACAAGAAUACCAAGUUCUUACUGAACGGCCAAUGACACUAAACGGCAGAGGUGCUGCAUAGCGUAGCGUAGGCGUUAAGAGGUGACUACCGAUCACACAGCCGGCAUUGAAGUGUCUUAACCGGGCCCACACAAGCCAUCAGGAGUUCAAGGACACAGGAUGAUAAACAUGAACAUUUCGCCUAUCAGCCUUUGUAAAACAUUUGUGGAAAGAUUAUCCAGAUGGUUGGAAUUGCAGUAGUAGCCGUGCCCACGAUAAACCUUUUGGUUUUUAAGAAAAUAAAUGUUUUAAAAAAAAAAGAUAUAGCCGCCUCACUUUUUCAUUUUUGUUAGUAGCACAUUUACAGUAUGUAAAAAUAACUCAUGUAAGUCAAACUGAAUGUAACAUGUAAAGGAAAUGAAUGGUAUGUGUAUUUCUGCAAUUGACCGUCUCUGGACUAACAAUAUUUAAUAAUGCUGUACCUUAAUGCCAAUUAGGCCUUUUAAAUAAAAUGUGUUGCCUUGGACCUUUUGCGUGUUUGUAAACCAUGACACAACCUUGUUAGAGCUGCCCCCAACAAAGAAUGUAUGCACUCAAACCCCAUUAUGACCCCUAGUAUACCCCAUUACCAUUAUUAUUUAGCAUGUAAACAUUAAUUGGGUUUUUGUCGGGUGGAGUAAUCACUGGAAAUGUUCCACAUCGAGGUAUUUUUGUGUAACUCACCUUUCAGGAACACACCCAGGCAUCAGGAGUUUGUGUGACAUUUUUAGCCAUGUGAGCUUGGUUGUUUCUGGUUACUUUUUUAAUUUACUUUCCCUUUACAAAACUCAUAUUACCUAUAGGUGCAAGACAACUAUAUGUCAUUCCUAACAAAGGACCGAAAUACCUAAAUUUGACCCACAGAAUUUGAUUAACUGGGUUCCGAGCCUCCCAGCUCCCCUUCGAUCUAGCCAACCAUGGAGAGUAUAGACAUGAGGGUUGCACCAACACACAUAUUUGCCAACGCAGAGAACCGAUCCCAUAUGCCAAUAGGUUUCUUUCGAUUUAAAAGCUUAUAAGGCUGGCCCAUUUCUGAACUCCAUCAAAAAAUAAUGGACAGUAUUUUAUGCUAUAAAUGUUUAUCAAAACAAAAAACAAAAAAAAACGAUCUGUUGAAUUGAAAAUAAACUUCUACAAAAUAUAAUCCCCAUUGUAUUAUCUUUUUUGGUUUCGCAAUAAGAAAAGACUGAGAUAAAGAUAUCCAGUAUCGGAUAAGUGCAUCUCUAUUUAACACAACUUCAAUAUUGUGUAAUAGAUCUGCACUACCUGGGGUUCUUUCCAUAAAAGGUAUGUUAAAAGAUGGGAAAGCUGUUUUUUUUUAUAUGCCUCAAUACUUGUUAAGCAUGAUAUUCUUUGAUUACUUGGUUAUGCAACCGUCUUAAAAAAUAGAUUUUUAAAGGAAGUUGCCUUUACCUGCCAGAAGGGGGCGCUAAACGGAGUCGACCUCAUAAGGGUCACCAGAAGAUCGAGAGGAGUCGACCCCACCGUCGGACACCAUCAACUUUUCAUACACACCAGCAUUUACAAUUUAAAAAAAUCCACAAAGCAAUAUAUAUUUUAAAAGUAAAAUAUCUUUAAAAAAUGGAAUAGUAGCAGGUAAGUGUAAAAUAAAAGACUCCUCAUUCAACAUUAUGCGGACCAGCAUGAGACCAGUUUGGCAAAAUUGUUCUGGUACAAAUUGUAGUUGGACCAGCAAGUGCUUCAAUUAUUCCCUUAGA